CGGCCCAGCCGGUGCCGGCUCCGCGUGCUGGACGUGACGGGGCUCCGGGACGACGAUGUCGGCCGCGCCCCGGCGGGGAUGAGCGUCUGGUCGGGCACCGUGGCCUUGGCCAAGGCCUGCCUGGAGCUCUCCAAGCUCCAAAGGGAGCUCCAAAGGGCCGGAUUUGGGAACGCGGCCCCUCCGUCCAUCGACGUCCGCGCCGACCUGUUCGUCAGCGCCACCUCCUUCGGGGUGGUGUGGGAUGCGCUCCGGGUCGGGAAUUCCGCCCCGCUGCGCCUCCGGUGCCGGGAGCUCCAGGCCGAGGAGCUGAGCCCGGCUGGGAUCGUGAACCUCCUGGAAUCCCUGGAGCCCUCCGGGCUGCGGAGGGUGGAGCUCCGCUUCAACAACCUGGGCCUGCAGGGCCUCUCUGCGGUCCUGCCGUGCCUCGCCCGCUUCCCGGAGCUCUGGAGCCUCCGGCUGCCCUACAGCAACGUGGAUGUGCGGCGGGAGGCGGCGCCGGGAAUUCGGUGCUUGGCCACGGAGCUGGGAAAGCUGCAGGGCCUCAGGGAGCUCAACCUGGGAUCCUCCAGGCUCUCCGGGAGUUUGGGAGACGUCCUCUGCGAACUCCAGACCCCUCUGGAAAGCCUGGAAUUGGCCUUCUGCUCCCUCCUGCCUUCCGACCUCUCCUUCCUGUGCCGGAGCCCCCACGCGCCGGCCCUGAAGAGGCUCGACCUGAGCGGCCACGACUUCUCCCGGGGCCUCCUGCGGCCCCUCCGGCAGCUCCUGGAGGAGGCCUCGCCCUCCCUGCUCCACCUGGACCUCAUGGAAUGCCGCCUGGGAGACUCCCAGCUGGAAUCCCUGCUGGCCUCGCUGCGCCGCUGCUCCCGCCUGCGCUCGCUGGGGCUCUUUGGGAAUUCCGUGUCCAGGGCCGGGCUGGGCGCUCUGGUGCGGGAGACGGCGGCGCUGCCGGAGCUGAGCCUGGUGGUGUAUCCCAUCCCCACGGAUUGCUACGGGCAAGGGACGGAUCCUGGCCAGGCCUCGGAGGAGCAUCUGGACAGGGAAUGUUUGGGAGCGCUGGGCACGGAGCUGGAGCGGCUCCUGGAGAGCUCCGGGAGAGCCGGAGCCGUCUGGACCUGCGACCCCUACGGACAUGCGGGGCUGGAUUUCUUCUCCCUGUAGCUGAGGGAGCGCUCAGAGCCCCUGGGGAGGAGCUCAGGGCAUCGGGACCUCCUUCUUCCAAGGAUUUGGGGGUGUCCUGCCUCGGCUGGGUGGGGUUUGCCUCAUCCCGGUGUUUUCCAACUUUAAUUUCAGUGGCUCGGCGGGAUUUGCCCCGUCCCAGGGUUUUCCAACCCCAAUUUCAGUGCCUCACUGUCCCACCCUGACAGGAUUGAGAGGGAAAUGCUCUCUGCUAUCCACCCAACCGGGAUGGAGUUGCAGCACUGUGAGCUCAGGCGCAAGACGCAGCAAGGAACACACGGCAUGCAGGCAGGCAGGCAAAGAGAGUGUAUUCAAGUUUCCCGCAGCAUAUAAGGAUUCUGGGAGGAAGGGAGGGGCUUGGCUGCCUUACCAGCCAAUGACAAAGGCGGAGAGGUAAUACCCAGUAAGAACCCAGGAACCGGGGAAAGGCAGGGGAAACAGCCAACGGGGUUAGGAUAGAGGCGGGACCCUGCUCUGGGGGCAGAACAGGAACUGCAUUCCAGUGUAGGCAGCAUGGGAUAACAGGGGAGGGAGAUUACACAAUAUAAGAUAACGCGGAACAAUGAUUUCGCAAUACGAGGCUUCGCUGAGCUGACUCCAGGAGCUCUCCCGGGCUGCAACUGUCUCUCCUCUAGGAUUGAUGUUUCCACUGCACGUAUUCCACGUUGUCUCCCACAGUUCCUCCGUUUUUAUUUAGUAAAGAAACAUAGACUUGAGAAACAUUGUGCAUCACCAAACCCUGAAGACAUUUGACCUGAGGUAAGACCGCCCAGCAGCAGCGAUGAGAAGGUUCUUCUGCAUUAGUUGAAGGCACUGUAAAUGCAAACCUGCGAGAGUCUUUAGGGUUUAACCUGAUGUUAAAAAAAAAACAGUCCUUGAUAUCAAUAAUAACAAUAGGCCAAUUGGAGGGCAACAUAGUUGGACUAACAGUUUAAUUUGCCGCAGUUUUUCCCCUUUUAGAGGCCACUGGGAUACCCAGAUGGGCUCGUCUGAGAGCCAUGUAAGGGCAGGGGACUGCGGCUCUCCAGUGGCCUCAAGACUAAAUUUGAGGUGGUGAGAUGGAUGUUCCAGUUACCUAUUAUAUCCCUCCCCCAAAGGGUCAUUGGAAUAUUAAGGACAUAGGGCCUUGUUGAAGCAGUUUUACCUUCUGGCCCUUCAAUUAGUAAAGUGAAGGUACUUUGAAGUGGUGUUUGAGCUCCUCCUACCCCUUUGAUGUCAAUAUAGGGCUUGGUGGCCCUCCAUUCCUUUGGCCAGUUUUUUUUCUGCGAAGAUGGUGACAUCUGCUCCUGUAUCUAUGAGACCUUUAACUGGAAUACACUGGUUAGAGUUGGGAAGAAACACAGAACAGGUUAGCAUUGCCUGAUCAAGCAAAAUAGCUUGUGUCCAUUGAACCAUAGGCAUGGAGUCUAAGUUGUUUUCCCCUGUCUCGAUGGGGGUUAGAUUUGCAAUAGGUGUGUCUGUGUCAAGGUCCACAGGUGGAAACAAAGCUUUCACAGUCACCUCUAUUACCUUGGGAUUGUCUGUUGUUACUGAUUGAGGUAAUACCGUUAUACCUGUUUCAGUUGAGGUAGUAGUUCCAGUUAGGAUGUAUUGUCCAGGAGGCACUGGUGAAUUACCAGUUGGUUUUACAAGAAUUUGUUGGUAAUCAUCACUGUGUAUGGUGAUUGGGUGGGGAGGUGCUAGUUCCACCCUGGAGACACUUGCCGAGUGUGAGUGUGCCAGAAUGGGGGGAGCCGAUGGUUUUGGCUGGGGUGAGGGGCAAUUUAUGUCAUAGCGCUCCCCUAAGCGCUCAGUUCCUCGUUUCC